CUGGGCUGGACUGUGUCCACUAAGGAUCUCUGAAGUGUUACUGUACAGUCAAGAUGAGAGGGCUAAAAGACUGGGCUGGACUGUGUCCACUAAGGAUCUCUGCUAAUAAUAGUCAUUUGCAAAUCCUCUCAAGAACCAACAGGAACUUGCUCACACUCAGACGAGAUGUGUUUCCAAUACCUUGCUAACAUGUAGAAAAUGUAUGUGUCAGAGCAUGUGAAGCUAUAAAGGUGUAACUUGUUUUUGUAGUUAUAAAAUAAGGAAGAACCUUUUUUGAUGUCUUGUUUGAUCUUGUAGAACGUGGAAGUGCAUCGUUUCAAUGGCCUCCAAAGGACAUGGCGACACCGACUCAGGACGGUUACCCCCGGCACCAGCUUACUCCAAAGAGGUGCCGCCUGGUCACAAUGCUGUGUACCCAGUGCCCACCGUGGUGCCACCACCCCCAAGCUACCUGACACCUUCAGCCCCACCGGUUCAUAUGAUGAUGUCUGCCUCUCUUGGACCACUCAAUACUGUCUACCCAGCUCCCACAAACCCUGGAUUCCCACCCCCAGGCUACGUGACCCCUUCCGCUCCUCCGAUGAUGCCUGCCCCUUUCGGACACCCUAAUGCUGUCUACCCCGCGCCCACGAACCCCGGAAUCCCGCCAGUACCCCCAGGCUACGUUCCCCCUCCGGUCCCUGCGAUAAUGCCUGCCCCUUUCGGACACCCUAAUGCUGUCUACCCCACGCCCACGAACCCCGGAAUCCCGCCAGUACCCCCAGGCUACGUGCCCCCUCCGGUCCCUGCGAUAAUGCCUGCCCCUUUCGGACACCCUAAUGCUGUCUACCCCACGCCCACGAACCCCGGAAUCCCUCCAGUACCCCCAGGCUACGUGCCCCCUCCGGUCCCUGCGAUGAUGCCUGCCCCUCCGCCUGAUCUCCGACCCACCGGCUGCCCCCCAGGACUGGAAUACCUGAUUCAUGUCGACCAGCUUCUCGUCCAUCAGACUUUUCAUCUGGCCGAACUGCUGGGUUGGGAGGUUAGAAAUUCCUACAAUGUGAAGAACAGCAUCGGGCAACAAGUGUUUCUGGCGGAAGAGGAGAACAACUGCUGCACCCUACAGUGCUUUGGCCCCAGCCGACCUUUCACCUUUCACAUCCAGGACAACCUGGGGCAGGAGGUGUUGACCCUGACGCGCCCUCUUGCGUGCAGCUACUGCUGCUUCCCCUGCUGCCUGCAAGACCUGGAGGUGCAGAGUCCCCCCGGUAUUCCCAUAGGGUAUGUGGUGCAGGAGUGUCACCCGUUCCUGCCCAAACUCACUGUGCUGAACGAGAGGAGACAGCCUCAGCUGAGGAUCAAAGGGCCGCUGUUUUUCUGUAGUUGUUGCAGAGACGUCACAUUUGAGGUGAAGACUCUGGAUGACUCAAUGUUGAUAGGGCACAUCAGUAAGCAGUGGUCCGGCUUCCUGCGCGAAGUCUACACGGACGCGGAUCAUUUUGGAAUCGUGUUCCCAAUGGACCUGGAUGUGAAGAUGAAGGCUGUGCUGCUGGGAGCCUGCUUCCUGAUCGAUUUCCUGUAUUUUGAGGAAAGGAAAGGAGACAAGAAACAUUGAACUUUUACUCUGUGCCGACUACGGAACCCACGGUUCCUUUCAGAAUCAUCACGCAUCACAAUUACAUUAGACCUACAAUAAAGUUGCAUGUCAAAAUCAACAACUCCAAAUCCCUCUCAUUGUGUAUAUCUAACGGUCCUCUCCCCAGUGUUACUCUCCAUCUUAAACAACUUCCUACUUCUCAGCAUCAACAAAACAACAACAAGGCUACAAGGUCCCGGGGUUCAGUAACAACAAAACAACUCCAAGGCUAAAUAUUUUGGGGUUCAGUAUCAACAAAACAACUACAAGGCUCUAAGCUCCCGGGGUUCAGUAACAACAAAACAACUCCAAGGCUAAAUGUUUUGGGGUUCAGUAACAACAAAACGACUACAAACUACAAGGACCAGGGGUUCAGCAUCAACAAAACAACUACAAGGCUCUAAGCUCCCGGGGUUCAGUAACAACAAAACAACUUGAAGGCUAAAUGGUUCGGGGUUCAGUAACAACAAAACGACAAGGACCAGGGGUUCCGUACCAACAAAACAACUACAAGGUUACAAGGUCCCUGGCUUCAGUAUCAACAAAACAACUACAAGGUUACAAGGUCCCUGGCUUCAGUAUCAACAAAACAACUACAAGGUUACAAGGUCCCUGGCUUCAGUAUCA